UCACUUUGUUUCACUAGCCUCUGUUUCAUUUAGUAAAGCAUAUGGAUGUCUCUCUUGGGCUUUCCGUUUCCACUUUAGCUUUAGUUCUGCUCAUGCGUCCUCCAUUCCCUUCCAUAUUUGUGGAAUCCUCCUCUCUUAGCAACAUCACAGACCAGGAGGCUCUGCUAUCUUUCAAAACUCUUAUAACCAGCGAUCCAUCUGAUGUUCUGUCUUCGUGGAACGAUAGCACUACGGUAUGCCAAUGGAGCAGAGUUCUCUGCAACAACAAACGCAGAGUCUCUACCUUGGAUCUAAAAGGUCUUGGGUUGAGUGGUUCCAUUAGCCCUCACAUAGGCAAUCUCUCUGCUCUUCAGUUUCUCUACCUACAAGACAACCAUUUCACUGGCGACCUUCCUGACCAGUUAGGUAAUCUGGCUCGCUUGCAAAUCCUGAACGCAAGUUCGAACCUCAUUGGAGGUGCCAUCCCUCCAAACAUAAGCAAGUGCUCCAAUCUCAACACCCUCGACUUGGCCUUGAAUACAAUCUACGGUAAAAUUCCCACUGAUCUCGGACUGCUUUCCGAGCUUCGAGUCCUGAAACUAGGCCAAAAUCUUCUUACGGGAAAUAUCCCACCAUCUAUUGGAAACCUGUCGUCCCUCACCACUCUGAACUUGGGCACCAACAAUCUUAGUGGACCAAUUCCAAGCGACUUAGGCCGCCUUCAAAAUCUUCAGGAAUUACAGAUAUCGGUAAAUAAGCUCACAGGUACUGUCCCACCAGUUUUGUACAAUAUUUCCUCGCUAGAAACUUUUGCUUUCGCAUCAAAUGAGCUGCAUGGCGAAUUUCCGAGUGAUCUUGGCUUUAGGCUUCCUAAACUCUUGGUCUUUCACUUCUGCUUUAAUAAGUUCACCGGGCAAUAUCCACCAUCACUGCACAACAUCACCAAGAUUCAGAGCAUUAGAAUGUCCCAUAAUUUUCUUGUUGGGUCAGUGCCUCCUGGGCUAGGCACUCUCCAUGAUCUCAUCAUGUAUAACAUCGGUUUUAACUUUUUUGUUUCCUCGGGUAGCAGCGGGCUAGAUCUCAUUACCUCCUUGACCAACAGCUCCAAACUUGCAUAUCUUGCCAUCGAUGAGAAUCAUCUUGAAGGUGUGAUCCCAGACUCUGUCGGCAAUCUCUCCACCAGUCUUUCAAAAUUAUAUAUGGGCGGGAAUCGGAUAUAUGGUAGCAUUCCAGCAUCCAUAGGUAAGCUUACUAAGCUAACCUUGCUAAAUAUGAGCCACAACUUGAUCUCUGGAGAGAUUCCGGCUGAGAUUGGCCGGCUUAAGGAGCUAAGGAUUUUGGGUUUGGCUGGAAAUAAACUCCUAGGGGAAAUUCCAGCAGCCUUUGGAAACUUAAGUAUGCUCAUCCACCUUGAAUUGUAUGGAAAUGAAUUGGAGGGAACGAUUCCAGCCACAUUCAGUGAGUUCCAGAAGUUACUGUCAUUGGACCUGUCGACCAACAGGCUCAAUGGAAGCAUACCUAGGGAACCAUUCACCCUCACGAGUCUCAAUUCUCUCAUGAAUCUAUCCAAUAACUUUUUGACAGGGCCCCUGCCCGAUGACAUUGGAGGAUUAGAAAACCUCAUUGCACUCGACCUCUCAAAUAAUUUGCUAUCUGGAAAAAUUUCCGACUCGAUCGGUAACUGCAGGAGCAUGGAAGUUCUUUCCAUGUCCGAUAACUCUUUCACCGGCCUUAUUCCUAAUACAAUAGGCAACUUGAAAGGCUUGCAGAGUCUGGACCUCUCUUCCAACAAACUGUCAGGGUCUAUACCGGAAAGUAUGGGAAAACUUCGGUCACUUCAGUUCUUGAACCUCUCCCUGAACAAUCUCGAAGGAGAGAUACCGAAUGAAGGCAUCUUCCUGAACCUCUCUGCUGUUCAUCUCGAAGGAAAUCCUAAGCUUUGCAUGUCAUCUUUGUGCCCUCAUUCCUCUAGUCGAAACAUUUCAAAAGCACUUCUCGUCAUACUUGUGGCUUCAGCUGCUUUUGUGUUAUUCCUCCUUGUGGUGCUGUAUUGGGUGUUCUUUAUCAGGAAAAAACAAAUCGAUGCCAAGGUAACCACGGCGGACUCAAUUAAGGCGCAGCACCGAGUGGUCUCUUAUGAGGAGCUCCAUCGAGCGACCGAGAAUUUUGAUCCAAGAUAUCUCAUUGGCACCGGUAGCUUCGGUUCUGUGUACAAAGGUGUCCUGAGAGAUGGAAUGACAGCUGCAAUCAAGGUACUAAAUCUCGCGACUAGCGGGGCUUGGAAGAGCUUCGUAGCUGAAUGUGAAGCUCUGAGGAAUGCGAGGCACCGGAAUCUUGUGAAGUUGGUGACAUUGUGUUCUAGCUUGGACUUUGGAAACAACGACUUCCUGGCUCUGGUGUACGAGUUCAUGGGAAAUGGAAGCCUGGAGGAUUGGAUUAGAGGCAGGAGAAGGCAUGAAGGUGGUGGUGGGCUGAGUGUUAUUGAGAGGCUAACAGUUGCUAUUGAUGUUGCGAGUGCCAUGGACUACUUGCAUAAUGACUGUGAGGCUCAGGUGGUGCACUGUGAUCUUAAGCCAAGCAACGUGCUUUUGGACGAGGAAAUGACUGCAAAGGUGGGGGACUUUGGGUUGGCCAAGUUGCUGCUUGAUAAGCCUGAAGGGCAGGACUCCACUACCAGCACAAAUAGGCUCCGAGGGUCUAUUGGGUACAUACCACCAGAGUAUGGGUUCGGUGGGAAGCCAUCAACCAAAGGCGAUGUAUACAGUUUUGGCGUCCUUCUCUUGGAACUUCUUACAGCAAAAAGCCCCACAGACGAAGGCUUCGAGGGAGGCUUGAACUUGGAGAAAUGGGUACGGGCUGCCUUCCCAAGCCACACGAUGGAAGUCACAGAUGCUAAUCUCAUCGUUAAUGUCAUUGGCUACGAAGGACGGCAGAUAAGCCCAGAGAAACAAGCCGAGUGCUUGGUCUCAAUGGUCGGUGUCGGACUAUCUUGUGCCAUAGAAUCAGCUGAGGCUCGGAUUACCAUACGUGAUGCUUUCCAUCAAUUGAAGGGUAUUAAAAAAACUUUGCUUAAGCCUCAUGCUGCCACUAGAGCAUAGGUAAUGGAGCACGGAUCCCUGUAGUGUAAAGAGUGCACCUCAAACACUAUAUCGUACUUGAUGGCUAUCAUCAGAAGAAGAUGGAUGGAAUGUCAAACAAAGCAAUAUUAUGUGCUGCAUAUGGUGCAUCGUUAAGAAUAAUCGUACAGUAUUCUGUAAUACAAUUUGCAUACUACAAAGGAUACUAUGUCUAGGUGAUGAUGGUUGCUUCCGGCUUCAAGACGCAACCUAGUAACUUGAGGGUUUGCCUGCUAGUAUCGAGGAAGACUUGUUGGUUUAAGACGAGUGUCAAUGCUGCCUUUUAAUGCUUUUCGGUGGCCUUUUCAUGGCUGGUUGACAUUCAGAAGUAUAAAUAUUUAUAACAUAAAAGGCUUGUGUUUUAUCA